AUGGUCAGCAUCUAUCCAGCCAAGCCAGGUCGCAUAGCUGCUCUCACGCUUCGACGGCGUCGCGAGCCACAGGUGGUCUUCUGCAAAGAUAUUGUCGUUUUCCGGAUCUUCCCGAAAAUCAUCGCCUCUGUCCCCAAGCGUAGCAGCUGUGCUACCAUUGCCUCUGAGUUGCCCUCGAGCAGCCACUCUUUGCGCACUUCGAAAGGUCAGCAGGUCAUCCGGGAUGCACUCCCUUCCGGUUCGUCGGCAACGCCCACAGCGGGGUUUCUCUUCGUCGCAUUUGAGGUGCCGUUGACGACAGGUCAAGCUGAACAGACUCCAUAUCAGACACAGAACCCAUAUGUAGCGCACAAAUGUGCUGGCUAUUGUCCUCACCAUCCAGUCCGGCCCCUUCUAUUCAUGAGCUGUGAGCCUGCUGUCGUCGGCAUUGGCAGCACACUUGACAUCUGA